AGAGAGAGAAAAAAGAAAGGACGCUGAAUCAGUGUUCGAAAGCAACAGUUGAACUAAUCCAAGAUUUGAUCUUAUCAGUACACUGAAAGUGGUGCCGACAUGAACAAUAACCAGACACCAGGUCCCCAGUGUGUGAACCAUGGGUUUCAACAAGGGGAGGGAAGACCCCCUCCAUACGCCUCAUCCCCAAGGAUGCACAAUGUCCCCCCCUCUAUUUGUCCUAAGUACGCUCCCCAGUACGCUCCCAAGACCAUCAAUACCCACCACACGGUCACCCCUGGACUACCACGCCCAGUCCCAGAACAAAAAGUGGUGAAGAAAAGUCACUGUAAAUGUAUUGUGGCCUCUAUCCUCAGUGUCUUAGUUUUCCUCGGGGCAACAGGAGCGUUGGUUUGGUAUUUCUUGUCCAACCAGGGUGUGUUGGGGAGGUCCUGUAGGCAGGGAGGUGUGUAUCUGAGUGCAUCCAAGUGGUGUGAUGGCAUCACAGACUGUCCAGGAAGAGAGGACGAGACACAGUGCCUGCGCCUCUAUGGGUCGGGUUCUGUGCUGCAAAGUUACUCAUCAGACAGUCAGACGUGGAAGCCAGUGUGUGCUGAUGACUGGAAUGACAACUUUGGCAGGGCCACCUGCAAAAAGAUGGGAUACAGCAGUGGAUCCUAUGUUCGGUCCUCACAAAGAAACCCAGGCUCCUUGGCUUCUGAGGGCUAUUUGAAGCUGUCUAGUUUUGACCCCCAAUCCCUUCUACAGAGGCAGUUAACUAGAAGUCCCUACUGCGCAGCACAAGCAGUCUCCCUGCAGUGUAUUGACUGUGGUGUCAGUAUAGCAGCUCCUUGGAGCCGAAUCGUAGGGGGGGACAUAGCAGUUAGCGGGGCCUGGCCAUGGCAGGUCAGUCUGCACGCCAGGGGCCAGCACCUGUGUGGAGGCUCCAUCAUCAGCCCUGAGUGGAUCCUCACUGCCGCCCACUGCGUGGAAACGCUAUCAGGGCCCAGUCAGUGGACGGUGUAUGCUGGCUAUCUGGCCUUGACCCAGAUGGAUUUGGCCGCUGGGAAUUCAGUGGGACACAUCAUCUCUCAUGAAAAGUACGACAAGCAGACUAGUGAUAAUGACAUCGCUCUUAUGAAACUCAGCAUACCCCUCACUAUGUCAAAUACGGUGAGACCAGUCUGUCUGCCCAAUGUCGGUGUGAAUCUGACUCCCCAGCGAGAAGCCUGGAUCUCUGGAUGGGGGUCCAUUAGGAGUGGUGGGUCAUCGUCGGGAUACCUGCGUCAGGCCCAGAUCACCAUGUACAGCAGAGAGACAUGUAAUGCAUCGUUGGUGUAUAAUGGACUUGUAACCGCCUCUAUGAUCUGUGCUGGGACACUGGCAGGAGGAGUGGACUCAUGUCAGGGGGACAGUGGAGGACCAAUGGUGGCCAAGGAGGGUUCAGUAUGGUGGCUGGUAGGGGACACUAGCUGGGGUAUAGGUUGUGCCCUGAGGAACAAACCAGGAAUCUACGGCAAUGUCACCCACUUCCUCCCCUGGAUAUAUGAACAAAUGCAGAAAAAUUGAUGGAGAUGCCGAUGAAGACGCACCCUGUCGCUUAUCAAAUUCACCUGUCUGAAAUAAAGCUUUUGAAUACAUGUACACUGCUUUCAGAUAUUUUUUGGUGCCUGUUGACUUAUAUUUAAGAUUUCAGGGAAUAUCCAUUUCACAUUUUUUUAUUAAGAUAUUUGUAUCACGUUGAGGGAAAGUAUGCAGGAAUUGUCAUUUUGAAAGGGAGUACUGUACGCUGCAUACAUGCAUACAUACAUACAUACAUGCAGCAUACAUGUUUUGGUCAUACCUUUGUUUUACAUGAUCAGAACCUUUUCUAAUUGUUAUGAACCUGUGUAUGAUAAUAUCAAGUAUUAAUUGACAAAAAAUAAAGUGUUACGUUUUUAUGUACAUAAAA